GAUCCCGGAAGUGUCUUGUGUUGUUUACAUUCUGCUCUUUGUUCGGUGCGAAAAACGAAAAAUGUCGAAAAAGCGGUCCGAGAGCCGCAGGCUGAAGGCCGCCAUCGAGCAGCAGAUGGCGGCGGCUGCUCAGGAGAUCUUCCGGCUCCUGCAGGACCGCGGCCAGGCGGAGCUGCGGGAGUUGCGGGAGCUGCUGACGGAGCGGCUCUCCGCGGCCGCCGAGCUCAUCCUCAACGCCUUCGAAGCGAGCAGAGCGGCCGCGAGAGGCAUACAAGAGCCCGGCGACAGUCCCAGAACGGAGCGGAGAGAGUUGUGUUUGUCAGUUGGCGUCACGAAUCACUCUGAUGAGAAAUGUCUGAAGGCAGACAACUCGAUAGACAACCGACUGAAGGAGAUUUUGCCUGGCACCUCCUCCAGACCACAGACCACCUCUGAAUUGGACCGCCAGCCGGCCUCUCCAGAUGAUCCAAAUGAAGAUGAAGAAUGUGAGAACGACAAACAGUCGGCUUCUCACUGCUGCAGAGUGUGUGGGAAGUCCUUCGACAGGAAAGGCUUUUUAAUGAAGCAUGUGGAGAAACAUUUGAAAGAGGCCAACUGUCUGUGUGGUCUGUGUGGUGAGGGUUUUGAGUCCAGUGACGACCUGAAGUUGCACCUACAGAUGCACCGCGACACCACCAGGACAUGUGACGUCUGUGGCAAGAAAUUUCCCUCAAUCCGAGCUCAGGAGACACACAGAAGGCUACACACUGGAGAGAAGCCUUUCACCUGCCUCGUCUGUGGGAAAGGCUUCAACCAGAAGGGCAACAUGGUGACGCACAUGAGGAUCCACACGGCAGAGAAGCCAUUCACCUGCAACAUCUGCCAUAAGGAGUUCAGCCAAGGCAGCUCACUUGAGCGACACAUGAAAGCUCAUGAUGGACAGACACCAUUCAGCUGCAGUGUCUGUGGGAAAUGCUUCACAAAAAGUGUUGCGCUGAGGCGACACAUCCGGAGCCAUGGGUCAGAUGAGCAGCCUACCAUCAGUAACCAACACAGGAAACCCAGUCUGACCCCUUCUCACUGCUGCAAGGUCUGCAGCAAUGCUUUUCACAACAAAGGGAACUUUGUGCGGCACGCAGAGACACAUCUAAACCACCCUGAUUGUCUAUGUGGCAUCUGUGGAGAGCGCGCUGAGUCUUCCGAGAGUCUGCAGCUUCACAUCCAGAGUCACAGAGAAACCAGUCGGAUCUGCGACAUCUGUGGCAUCAGUUUCAGGGACAUGGAGAUCCACAUGAGGACGCACACUGGCCAGAAACCUUUCAGCUGCAAAGACUGCGGAAAGGACUUUCCCAGGAAGGGCUCGCUUGAGAGACACAUGAAGCUGCACGCUGGUGAGCGGCCAUUCAUCUGCGAGUUCUGUGGAAAGACUUUCAUAGAAAACACGGUCCUGAAGAGGCACAUCAAGAGCCACGUUGGAGGGAAACCGCGAAUAUACUCCUGUGAGGUCUGUGGUAAAAAAUUCACCAUGAGCCAACACCUGGAUGUGCACAAGAGGAUCCACACUGGAGAGAAGCCAUACACCUGCAGAGAGUGUGGGAAGAACUUCAGGCAGAUUGGAAACCUGGACUCUCAUAUGAGGAUCCACACAGGCGAGAAGCCAUUCAUCUGCAGCCUUUGUGGGAAGAGGUUUCGCCAGAAAAUCUCACUGGAAACACAUGAGAGGUUCCACAAGAAAGAGAAACUGUACAGCUGCCAGCUUUGCAGCAAAGGCUUUGUGCAGAAGAUUGACCUAAAAAGACACAUGCUGACGCACACUGGGGAGAAACCCUACAGCUGUCAGGUGUGUGGGAAGAGGUACCAGGAGAAACGUUCAGUGGACUCACACAUGAAGGUCCACGGUGAAGAACAACCUGUAAAAGACUCAGCUGUCACCCUCAACUUGAAGAGACAGGAAGGACUUCAACCUGAUUUCAUCCAGCUGUGAGCUGCAGACACAACACCCCCUGCUGGUGUGUCAGGGUUCAUUAAGUACUGUUAAGAUCUCAGUUUGAGAUGCUGCUGCUUCAUGAAGCUGUUAAAGUAUUUUCAUGUUACCAAUUUUUCAGAGAUGUUACAGACAGAGUGGCAGAAUUGGAGUUGCGGUGAAUGUUUGAGGCCUUCAAGGUGAAAUUACUGUAAAGAUGAGUUGCCUGUCGGUCAGGGUGACUGCUCUCAUGCAGACAUGUUCAUUUGACUCUUUUAUAUUUAAACUAGAACAGAGCCUUUAGAUUUCCAUCUAUCACUUUUAAAUCAGCUUAACAAAACAUGUAAAACUCUUCAUACUGACACUUAGAAGCUCCAGCAGAGAAACCAGCACCCUCUCUGGGGACAGGACUUUCUGCUAGUCUAGGAACAGUGUCUCAAAAUCUCAGAGCUGAAAGUUUCUCCUGACAAAGUUUAAGAAAACUCAAUCCAGAAUUCCAUCAUCAGGAAAUUGAUUAAGUUUAUAAUUAGCAAAAUAUUUUUUCAGUACAAAUAAAUUAUUCUGAGAGCUCUACAAGUAAAAAUAGUUUCUGGUUUUCCAUGUUUUUUUUUUUAAUCAAAUUGAGUGUUUUUCUUAUUAUUUCUUGAUUGUUUAUUGAACAACAUAAUAAACAUAUAAAGAUGUUGGUAAAGACUGAUU